UUCGUCACAAAACAACAACAACAUCGAGCGAAACAAAUAAAACAAAAAUCCAACCUUAUCCAAGCCUUGCGGAGCAACUGAACAAAAAUGUGCCGCUGCUUUCAGAACUGUUGGGAAGAUUGUUACUGGAAUUGCAUUGAGGAGCGCUUCUGCUAUGAUGAAUCGAUCGCCAAUUACAAUCCCGAGGACGACGAAGACUUUUUGGCAUCGCAGAAAAAUGGCACCAUAAUUGGACGCAUUCAACCCACUGUGGCGGAUAAUAACAAUUUGCUAACCGUACCACAGCCCAUUUGCGAUCAGCCAAUGCGACGAGGCAACUCCGGCCUGGGUCUGGGACUGAUGAGUGGCAAGAACCACGAGGAGGACUUUCGUCGCGAAACACAGACAAACGUGCCCAUGCUGGGUCCGGAAAUAUUGGCCGUGUUCGCCAAUUCCCAGAUCUUCCAGGACCAUCAGCCAACCAAACUGAAUCGCAUCAGCACCAAGACAUAUUUGCCUGGCAUCCAUUCGCCCAAUAAGGAGAUGCCUACCACUCCACGAUUGAGUGAUCAGGACCGACUGCUGCGUCGCCUGGAGGGAGGUGCUGGCCUAGAUGGAGACUCGACGGACUCUAAGAAACCAGAGGCAUCUUCGCCAGAAAAACGAAUCACCUUCACAUUGGCCCCCUCUUCGGCAGACAGUUCGCCAGAGGGAAGUCAAACGUUGUCACCGAUGAAGUUCGAUCCCAUUGCCGAAGAGAAGGAAGGCGACGAUAGUAAGGAUGAGGUGAUAUUGCGGCCGCGCCUUAUCGAUAGGCAUCCCCACUUGGCGGCCACUCCCAAACGCAUCUUGCGCUCCGCCAAAAGCGUUCCCCACAUGAAUGUCCAUGCCAGUGAAACGGAUAUAUUUGCCAUCACGGGAACCAUAACCAGCAGUCAGAUCAGCAUGACUCCCGAAGUUCCAUCCAUUUCGUUCAGCAACUUGCCCAAGAACUAUGAGGACACCCCGACAAUUGAGAAGUACCGCGUCUCUCAGAGCCUGUAUUCCAUUCAGACGGCGAACGCUGCUCGGGCCACCCAAGAUGAUUACUCCAUGCCACGGUAUUUCCGCCGAUCGGCCAUGCUCAUGACACAGAGCUCCGAAAUGCUGGCAGGCUCCAAUUCAAUGGGCUCCAUCUCCACACAGACAUCCGUGGCAACGACUUCGGCCGCCUCAUCCAGUUCCAGAGAUGAAAUACGUCGCCCGGAGAAAAACAAACGCCUGCAAAUGUUACGGGGAAAUUUGCCUCCAUUGCUCAUCCAUUCCGUCUCAUUCAAGCGAAAUAGAGACGAGGCCAAACAGGUCGACUAACGAAAAACUACUGGACUAACUGUAUACCUAUAUAUGUACAUAUGUAUAUCCCUAUUUUUAGUUCGUACUUAAAGAGCAAAUUGUUUAUUGUUGUAUUAUGUAAAUUUUAAGUUUUACGUUUAGAUCGUUUUCCCUGUAAAGUCCUUUCAAUGACUGUGUGUCAUGUUUACUCCCUCCACAGUAUUUCCAUGUACUUAUACAUUUUGAUAUUAAAUAAAGUUCAUUUAAAAUUUAAAAGAAA